AUGUCCGCACAAUUACGAAGAAAUGCGAUCACUGGGCAACAAGAUGCCCUGGAUUUGGCUUUGGCUGAGGCAUCAACAGAAAACAAGACUGUAAUAAUCGCUAUGGUAAACAAAGCCUACGUAGAGGGUGAUGAUAAGUCAAUGCUAGACCUUUUCUUGGAUAGUUUCUGGCUAGGCGAAAGUACCCGAGAUUUGGUUAACCAUCUCUUGCUUGUUAACGUGGAUCAAGCGUCCUAUGAACGGUGCAAAUUUCUUCGGCUUCAUUGUUACAAACUUGAAACAGAUGGUGUGAAAUUUGAUAGUGAGGAAGUGUACAUGUCCAAAGAAUUUGUCAAGAUGAUGUGGAGGAGAACCUUGUUUCUUGGACAAGUACUCAAGCGUGGUUAUAACUUCAUUUUUACGGAUACUGAUGUACUGUGGCUAAGGAAUCCAUUUCAGAGGCUGAGCUUCAACAAAAACAUUGACCUACAAAUUAGUACAGAUAGGUUCAAUGGUAAUCAAUGGUCAGAGAGCAACCCAUUAAACACUGGCUUUUACAUGAUCAGGUCAAACAAGAAGACCAUGUCAUUAUUUGACUUGUGGUAUUCGAGGAAAAACAACUCUAUUGGACAAAAAGAGCAAGAUGUUUUAAAUGGAAUACUUCAUGGAGGGGUGUUUAAAAAGCUAGGCCUCAAAGUAAGCUUCUUGAACACCCUCUAUUUUAGUGGAUUUUGCGAAGAUAGCAAGGACAUUGUAGCUGUUACAACUGUUCAUGCUAAUUGUUGUCGAACGAUAAGCGCCAAGAUUACUGAUCUAUUAGCUGUUGUUGAUGAUUGGAAGAGAUUCAAGCGCUCUGGGGUUAGUGAGAUAUCAACAUUUGGAAAUUUGACCCAUAAAGCUUGUGCACAUUCAUGGGGAAAAUAA